GUAAGAACAAUCUUGAAGCACCGCCUGGGGAAAAUAAGUAAAUAAAUGCAGGUAGAGAUGAUUACGAAUCUGCAGAAGAAAUGCCGAAGUCUGGUAAUUCUUCUGAAAUUUUUUCACCAUCACGACUUCGUUCCUCUCCGGCGACUCUUGCACAAUGGACCAGACACCGUGGACGAGCUUCUGGACAGACACAUUGUGAUGAAGGAGAAAUCCCUAAAUGAUGAAGAGGAAGAGUUGCAGAAUAAGCGGCGACUCACCAGCAAUCGGCGCGAGGCGCUGAGUCUCUACCGAGACAGUCUCCGUGCAACGCGGUUCUUCAUGUGGUCCGAUGCUCGAGGCGUCGUCUGGAGAGUAACGGAGUUCGAGGAGGCUCGGUACGAGAAAGAUCCAGAAAUUAUAACUCGAUUACUAAUCGGCGGGCGUGAUGCCGUCGAAUCGGCUCUCGAGAAGCUAGCAGAGAAGCAGAGGCAGCAGAUUGCCAAGGAGCGCGGUGGCGGAGAUAGACCGCGAAGAAGGAUGCAGCUCAAAAUCAAAUCAAAUCUGUAAGGAUUUGUUGCUUGGUCAAUUUUCUAACUAAAUCAUGGAUAGAUGUAUUCACUAUCUGCAUUUGUUGUCCUGUGAUUGAGAAAGGUGGAAUCGAAUUGAAAUUGCAUGGAUAAAUGAGUUGAUUAUGGUAACACAGAUAAAUGACAUUUUCCUUCUUACCUGAGCAAAUUCUAUUUUUCAGUUUAUCAUCCAUAUCUACCGUUCAUAUGUAUCCUUGAAUCAAUAUUUUCGGGAAAU